CCAAGAAAAUGGUUCUCUUAUACAUUGCAAUAUUUAUGGAGCUGCUUCUUUUAUGCACUUCUUAUGAUCAAGGUGGUUCCAAGGAAAUGUGUCCUACAGAUUUUAUGCCAAAGAAAUGCUCCAAGAAUUUGUCGUGUUAUUGCACUUCUACACGAAAACUUACCAAUAUAUCGUGUUCCGGUUCAAAACUGAACCUUUUUGAUAGCACAACUGGUGGAUUAAUUUGUCCACGCGAUGAUAUGAACGACUGUGACUGCUCUGGAAUGAACUGCCUCCUGGAUAUAAGGAGAAAUCGGUUCCAAAAUAUCAACUUAAGUCUUCAAAUAUACAAAUAUACUGUUCAAAAUAACAAAAGAGGAAAUCUUCAGAAUUGCCCAACAGGCUUUUUCAAAUGUCAUCCAUGUGGUUCGUCCAAAAUUUGUUUUUGCGAAUCGUUGAAACUUAAAUUAAAAAUAAUUUGCUGGAACAAUAGAUUUCAAAAUCUAUACAGUGCUGAUACGGGAAAUCCUAUUUGUCCAGAUGACCCAAACAAACCGUUGUUUGGGUGUGAUGAAUCUAUAUGUGGAACCUCCCAAAUCACUACUACCACUCAAAAUAUGCUGAGUUCAAGAAGUCAACCACGAUCAACAUCAAUGAAUACAAAUAAUGAAGUAACAAAUGUACCACCAACGGUAGCAGGGAUGGCACCGACAAGUAAGGAAAAUGGGACUCUAAAUAAUCAUUCAUCUAUCAAAAACACAGUUGUCAGCUCAACAACAGCGCCGUGGGAACUGAAACCAAAGGUAACAGAGAAGAGUCAAGAUGCUACAAAUCCAACUAAUUCUGCUUACUUUGCACUUAUCUUAUUGAUAAUUCCGAUUAUUGUUAUAAUUUGGAUUGUGUGGAAAAAAUUCACUGCCAGCAAAAAUUCAGAGAAACCAGGAGGGGAAACUUUCGUGAUGGAGGAAAAUGACGUUUACGGCACCGUCCCAGGGCUUAACAGGAGUGACGCAUAUUCGGAGGAAAAUGAAUUAUAUGGCCAUGUCAGGUCAGCAGGACCAAGAUGUGGAAAUGAUGACGUAGAAAAUGAAUUGUAUGGCACACUAGGCUAAUGAAAUUGAUUAUUGAUUGAUACGUGUCUGGAAAAGGUAUCGAAAACGUGAGUAAUUAUAAUAAAUAAUUAAACAUUCGUUAGAUAUGUUUAAUUUUUUAAUUGAAUGUGUUUAUAAUAUUAUGUUUGCUGUUAAAAAAUUGGUCUAACGAAAAGUAAGAUUUCAAUGUUAAUUUAUGCCUUGUAAUUUAUAAAAUUAAUAAAAGUGACUUUUUAUAAACCGAAGAAAUUAUUUCAGGUAAUGUUAAUUGAAAUGUAAUUAAAAUAAAAUCGUAUUCGCAUUUUUUGUAUAAUUUAUAGCUACGUAUGGGAUAUAUUUUAAUGUUGAUGUGUGCUUUUGAAGUGUCCCUAAUGUGAUGCGGCAUUAUGUGUAAAAUUUUGCUAUUUGUAACAAAAUGGAGAGUAUGUAAUUGCAAUUUAUAUUUUUCUUUAUAUGUUGGUUUAUUCUCACAUUUAGUCAUUAACUUAAAAAAAUUAAGGUUAUGUUAUUUUACAAUCACGACUUAAGUUUUGAAAAAUAAAAAGUAUAAUUUCUAAUCUAUAU